AUAAUGGACUUUAAGAACUCAGUGUAAAUUAAAAAGAAAAGCUCAGAGCCAUGAAAACGAUCAUCGCUGCAUAUUCAAGGGACCUGCAAGGGAGCAGGUUGUCUCUGCGCUCAGCUUUGUGCUCUCUUCCCACUAAUACUGCUUUACCCCAGGAGCAGCUUCGACCAUGUCUCCAGCUCUUCUCCAUUCUCCAGUGGAUCUUCUCCUUUCUAGUCAUGGGCAUGUUGGCCCUUGUGAUCCUCAUUUAUCUUUUCUUCACGGAUCUUUGGCCACUUUCUGCGCUCUACCUAAGCUGGAUUUUGCUGGACUGGGACACACCUGAAACCGGAGGUCGGCGCAGUCACUGGGUCCGGAACUGGGCUGUGUGGAAUUAUUUUCGAGAUUAUUUCCCAAUAAAGUUGGUGAAGACCCACAGACUACCUCCCGGCCGGAAUUACAUCAUUGGAUCACACCCUCAUGGCAUUCUGUGCAUUGGGGCAUUCUGUAACUUCAGCACAGAAUCUACUGGUUUCUCCAAGAAAUUCCCUGGAAUCCGCCCCUAUCUGGCGACACUAGCUGGUAACUUCCGCCUGCCACUUCUGCGAGAAUAUAUGAUGAGUGGAGGACUCUGCCCGGUGAAUCGGAAGGCAAUCAGCUAUGUACUGUCUCAGAGUGGCUGUGGCAAUGCAGUGGUGAUUGUAGUGGGUGGAGCUGCCGAAUCCCUGUCGUGCCAGCCGGGCAUUACCACUGUGAUACUGAGCAGGAGGCGAGGAUUUGUCCGACUUGCAUUGGAGCACGGGGCCGACUUGGUUCCUUCCUUUUCUUUUGGUGAGAAUGAGCUGUAUCAGCAGGUCCAGUUUCCAGAAGACAGCAUUUUCCGUACUGCUCAGUGGAAGUUCCAGAAACUCUUUGGCUUUGCUCCAUGUUUCUUCUAUGGCCGUGGCAUAACAUCGAUCCAAUCAAAGGGGUUUUUGCCAUACCCUCAACCAAUUACAACUGUUGUGGGUGAGCCGAUAAGUGUGCCCAAGAUCCAGGACCCAAGCCCCCAGACUGUGGAUUUAUACCAUGGCAUGUACAAGUGCUCCCUGCUCAAACUCUUCCACGAGCACAAGACCCACUAUGGACUGGGAGAGGAUGCAGACUUACGGAUCCUGUGAGGGAUAUUGGGCACAGGGGCUGAGAGUUUGGGAUCUAGGCAAUAGUCUGUGUAAGUCUGGGGUAAGUCUGCUGUGUAGUAAGUGACUUUGGGGACACUGAUUACAUUGUUGCGAGGUAGUGAAUGAAGUCAGUUUUAUCAAAGCCAUGCUGUUAAAUGUAAAAAAAUGAAAAAUCCGAAUUUAUUUUUAAAAGAAGACCAACUGCAAAUUGUCUUAAAAUAUAAUAAUCGCCCACAAAAUGCUAUUUUUUAUGUAUAUAGAGCCAUACCUUGCCUUGAUUAUAGGAACAGAACUGCUAGUUACUACAUUCGAAGGAGUGGUUCACUUUUAGGUUAACUUUUAGUAUGUUGUACAGUAGAAUGGCCAAAUCUAAGCAACUUUUCAAUCGGUCUUCAUUA